AAACUAUAUUGAUAGGGUAAGAAAUCGAAUAUCGGAAGUAUCGAAAAUAGUCAUGAGUCAUUAAUAAACAGUGAACCCACAUAUUUGCAGUUUCAACGUUCCAAGAACGAAUUUUAUGGUUUGAUUGAAAACAAAAUUUUCAUACGAAUUUACGAUUCUUGUUUGAACAAAGAAUCUUUUUUCUUUUUUUUUCUCUUCACAAAAAAGAUUACAUUUCUAUAAAUGUGUAUACAUAUUCUUCUUUGAAAUAUAUACGUGAAAAGCUUCAAAAGACAAGAGGGAGCUCCCCAUUGUAUAUAAAGAAUAAAAAAAACAAAAACAAAAAAGAAAAUGAAAAAUUGACCACCCGAAGAUAUAGUAGGGCCAAGAAAUGUAUUUCACAUACGACGUUGAGUGUUUCUUGGAUAAUUUUAGAUUGAGAAGAUAGCGACUUUGCCACAUGAGAGAGAGAAAGAAAAUUCAGGAGAGGAAAUAAGAUGGUAUGGAAACCACCAGCAAGUGGGACGUUGAAAGAAAAAGAGUGGAAGAGGUAAAAAGCGAGAUGGAAUGAUCAAGUUUCGGGCUGUGAGACUAUAGUCUUCUCGUUCGCGCAGUUAUGCCGAUCAGCUUCGACUGUCUGUCGCCAAUUAAAUUACAUUUCAAAUUUAUUAAAUCACUGUGACAGUAGUGUGAAAAAAAAUCGAUAAAAAAAAUGUGAUUGCAAUGUUGAUAAUCCUUUUUAAAACAAUUAUGAUCAGUUGAAGAGUUUUCGUCCACGGCUAGAAAAAAUCAGGAAGAAGUAAAAUUGAUUCGAAGAGGAAAAAAAUUGGAAAAUUGUUAAUGUCGCCAUGAAUGUGAUUCUCGUACUUCAUUAAGAUGAUGGCAGGAACAGGAGUAAAUAUAUCAGGAGCUGGGAUGCUGAGGGCAAGGAGAAAAGAUAUCAGCAUCAAACCAAAUAGAAGAUUAGACAGAAAAUCUUCACGUGGAAUGAUUUACGAAAAUGAGGAACUCAGACUGCGAACUAUUCAUAUCAAUGCGGCAAUCGAGCAAGGACAAAACGAUAUAAAAAAAUUGCGCAAAGAGAACGAGCAGCUUCGGAGGGAAAUAUGGUGCCUGAGAGAUGAAUACGAUAAACUGGAGGAAAUCUUAAGGAAGCAAAAGAGUCAUGACGGAAGCGAUGAAUGUGAGAGUCGCUCGGAAAGUAAUGAAGCUUCACAAUUAAGUAACUCGGAACAAGGUGAAGAAGAUAUUAAUGAUGAUUUUUUUGACGACGUCGACGCUGACAAUGAUGACAACGAAAAUCUCUGUAAUAAUAUUGACGAUAAGGAUAUUUGCACCGAAGAGAAGAGCGACGAAGAAGAAGAAGAAGAAGACGAAGACAAUGAUAAUUAUGAUGAUGAAGAUAACAGAAACGACGAUAACGAAGAAAAUGAUAAUGAAAAUAAUGAAGAUUUUGUCAAUGCUGAAAAUCAAGAUCUCAAAGAGAACAAAAGAGAAACUAGAAGAAUCGAAAAUGUUCAAUUAGAAAAUUCAGAUCAACGGUGGACCGAGAAAUCUAAAGACUCGGAAAAAAUUAAUAACAAUCUCGAUCAUCUUCUUGUCGAUUUUGACGGAUUAUCAAUCGUCGACGAAGAAGAAGAACAAAAAAAGAUACAAAAAUAUGAAAAUAAUUCUGACUAUAGAGAUUCGCCAAAUACUAAACAAAAUCAUUUUUCAAAUCCAAUUUUCAAUCCAUUUAUUUUCCCCAGUGUUUUUGAUUCUUCCCCGACUCAUGUAAAAUUGGAUUCUCCAUUUCCGGAAGCAAAUAAUUCUAGACUUUCAAAAUCACCCAAACUCACCGUCACCUUUGAAAAUCAUCAAAUAAAUUCACCAGAUAAAUUAAGUCCUCGAUUUUUCGCGAAAAAAAUUUCAACACUCACAAACUCUGAAAAUCGAGGAAAAACAAUGGAAAUUAAUCCGAUUGAAAGAGGAUCUAAUAGUAGACCUAAACAAAUUUUUGCACCCUUAAAAAUUGAUUCGCGAAGAAUUGGCUUUUCAAACGAAUCAUCAAGAAUAAAUUCGUCGAGAAAUGAAAUAUUCACACAACAAUCGUUGGAAAACGGAGGCAAUGAGAUUAUUUCUAAUAAUUUGAUAAAUAAAACAAAUGGUAACAUUUUCAGAACUGAGAAACGUAAAUCGAUCAGUCUAGACACACUACUUUUGGAUAAACUACAGAAUUUUACUGUGAAUAAUUCGAAAUUCUCAUCGUGUCAAAAUUUGAAAAGUGAAUAUUCGGAAAAUUUGAGAAACGAUACGAAUUUUCCAAAUGGAGUAAUAAAAAAAUCAGAAGGUAAUAAUAAUCAUUCAAAAUCAUUCAAAUCUCAAUUGGACGUAAUUCUAAAAAGUCCAAAUCACGUUCAAAAAGUAUCAUCAAAAAACAGUUCUUCACUGAAUAAUCUAUUUUUCCAAAAUGAAGAAAUCACUGCAUUUAAUCAAAAUCAUCAACUAGUGAAUGACAAAGAAUAUCAUGGCUAUCAAGCAACUUCUUUCGAAGGUCCCUUUCCAAUAACACUACAAAUACCAUCAAUGCUCCCACUUGAUGUGGACUAUAAAAAUAUUCCAUUUCUCCCGAGAAAUUUCUACUAUCCCAGUGAGGAAAUGAAAUUUUUCUACGAUUCACAACCACAAAAAGUUUCGGCUCAAACACAAACGCUCGACGAAGACAUUGCCGAUGAUUACGUUCGUAUUAAAAAGGAUUCAAGAACAAAAAGCGAAUCACUGGGUAAGGAUUCAAAUCGCAGUCGGAAAAAGAGUACAAAAAAGGAGAAAAAAACCAUCGUCGAUCGAAGAAAACGUGAUACUUUAAAAAAUCAAGUGUCAAUAUCGUCGUGCGAGGAAACCGAAUCACAGAAUGCAAUAAUUUCGGGUACAAAUUUUGAUAAUAAUCGUGACAAUAAGCAGGAGAGUCGAUCAUCAUCUUCGGAUAUUGAUUCACAACGAAAGGAACAAACUCAUCGUGUUUCAAUUUAUUUUAACUCGAAAAAAAGACCAUCACUAACUUCUAUGAAAAGUACUCGAAAUAUGGAGAAUUCCAGAAGUAAAAUCAUUCCCCAAAAGGAUCAUUCGGAUGGAAAUGCGACAAAUUUAGGUGAAACAACAAACUCUGUGAAUAGUAAAGAAAUUGGUAAUAAUAAAAGACGAAAAACAAGUACAAGUAGUGAAAAUGUUCCAUGGUGCGCGUGUUGGGGUAACGGUUGUAUUUAAAUCAAAGACAAAAAUUGUUUUUUUAAUUCACUUUCCAAUCGGAACAAUUUUCUUUAAUUGAAAUUAACAAAAUGGAAAUAUUUAUUUAAUCUUUUAUCUAUUUUUUUGUACUCUUUCCUAUUGAGUGAAAUUUCAAUUUUCGUCUUUGAUUAAGAAAAAAGAAAUGAGUCAUUCCAUUUUUAAGGAUCAAAGGUUAUUAUGCGACUAAUAUCAAAAUACAAAAAAAAAAAUAAAUAAAUAAACUCUAGUAAGUAAAAACUUUUUUUUAUAAUUAUAAAAUAUU